UGUUCCUCAAUUCAACCCACCAAACACACAAAUCCAUUUACUCUCAUUCCAUCAAACAUUCUGUUCUUCAACCAAAAUCCGACCAUGUCAUCCACUGUCGGUCAAGUCAUCAAAUGCAAGGCUGCUGUUGCAUGGGAGGCCGGAAAGCCACUGGUGAUCGAGGAAGUGGAAGUGGCACCACCGCAGGCCAAUGAAGUCCGAUUGAGGAUCCUCUUCACAUCUCUCUGCCACACCGAUGUUUAUUUCUGGGAAGCCAAGGGUCAAGCCCCGUUGUUCCCUCGCAUCUUUGGACAUGAAGCUGGAGGUAUUGUUGAGAGUGUUGGAGAAGGAGUCACAAAUCUUAAACCAGGAGACCAUGUUCUUCCUAUUUUCACUGGUGAAUGUGGGGAUUGUCGCCAUUGCCAGUCGGAAGAGAGCAACCUGUGUGAUCUUCUUCGUAUCAACACUGAUCGUGGAGUUAUGCUCAAUGAUGGCAAGACCAGAUUCUCCAUUAAUGGACAGCCCAUUUAUCACUUCGUUGGAACCUCCACUUUCAGUGAAUACACUGUUAUUCACGUUGGCUGUUUAGCCAAGAUCAACCCAGCUGCCCCUCUCGACAAAGUCUGUGUUCUUAGCUGCGGCAUUUCCACAGGUCUUGGUGCCACUUUGAAUGUUGCAAAGCCUACAAAGGGUUCAUCUGUUGCUAUCUUUGGACUUGGAGCUGUUGGCCUCGCUGCGGCUGAAGGAGCAAGAAUUGCCGGAGCAUCCAGGAUCAUUGGUGUUGAUCUGAACCCAGCUCGAUUCGAAGAAGCGAGGAAAUUCGGAUGCAAUGAGUUUUUGAAUCCAAGGGAUUACAAGAGGCCAGUUCAAGAGGUGAUAGCAGAGAUGACAGACGGAGGUGUCGACCGGAGUGUGGAAUGCACCGGAAGCAUUCAUGCGAUGAUCUCAGCCUUCGAAUGCGUUCACGACGGGUGGGGUGUUGCAGUACUAGUGGGAGUACCAAGCAGAGACGACGCAUUCAAAACUCAUCCCAUGAAGCUCCUGAACGAGAGGACUCUAAAGGGUACCUUCUUCGGCAACUACAAGCCCCGAUCCGACAUUCCCGGAGUGGUCGAGAAGUACAUGAACCAGGAGCUGGAGUUGGAGAAGUUCAUCACACAUACAGUGCCGUUUUCUGAGAUCAACAAGGCAUUCGAUUACAUGCUGAAGGGGGAGUCGAUUCGAUGCAUUAUUCGAAUGGAUGUGUGAUUGAUGAUGAUAUGAGUUCAUAAGUUUUGUGGGUUUGGUUUAAGGCGUGGGAAUAAUAAGAUUACGACUCAAAUGGAGAGAUGUCUCUGUUUUC